AUGAAUGUCCUAGUUUAUAACGGUCCUGGAGUAUCAAAAACUUCCCUCGCUCAUACUCUAAGCACACUUCGUACUUUGCUGUUACCGAACUACGCAGUCCAAACUAUCACACCGCGUUCUCUUACCUCUGAUCCAUGGCAUACAAACUGUGCUUUACUGGUUUUGCCUGGCGGACGUGAUCUUCCAUACGUCGCGGAACUAAAACAGGCCAAUGACAAGAUUGUAAACUAUGUACAAGGAGGAGGGUCAUAUCUUGGGCUCUGUGCCGGAGCAUAUUACGCUUGUCGCUCAGUCGAGUGGGAAGUAGGCUCGGAGCAGGAAGUCACUGGACCAAGGCCCCUUCGCUUCUUCAAUGGCAUCGGACGAGGUUGUACAUAUCCUGGAUUUCAGUACGAAACCGAAAAUGGUGCAAGGGCUGUCAGACUUCUCGUAUCGAGUGCUUCAUCUGGCCCAGAUCAACAGCUUGACGGCCUGUACUAUAAUGGUGGAGGGGAAUUUGUCGAUGCCGAAUUCAUUCCGAAUACAAGCAUAAUCGCAAGGUAUAUGGAAGGAUACGCUGCCGAAAAGGUCGCAGCUGUACAUUGCAAAGUUGGGAAUGGGAGCGCUGUCUUAUGGUCCAUACAUCCGGAAUAUCCCUUGACACUUGAGCCUGCCAUUUCUGCUAUAAGGCGCACUAAACCUGACCUGGAGAAUCGUAUUGAGGAGUAUGAAAAGUCCCGCUGGGACCUGAUGAAGCACUCACUUGACCUUCUCGGUCUACAAGUGCCGAUCUUAAAUGACAUCAGGACACUCCGUCCCCUACCCCAAUUUAUUACAUCAACUUCAGGAUCGACCUCUGCAAUAGUUGGCUUCUUAGAUAACCUGACAAAGGAAUUGGUAGAUUCCGAGCCGAUCGUUCUCAAAGACAAUGCAGAUACUUUUCACUUUUACAAAGAUCCAUAUUCCUCUGAACUAUUUAAUCGUAUCCAGAACCCACCGGAGUCGGACGUCUCUAUCUCAAAUACACCGGCUCGAAGCGUCAUAAUCCUGAAAGAUUGCGACAAAUUACCAGCAGAGGCAACACGAAAUUUUAACAUCUCGCAAUAUUUUGCAGACCUCACUGUUUCUCAGAACGAGCGAAGGUUACCGCCCACUCGAUCUCAAAAGUUGGGGGAAGUCUUGUUGUAUGGCGAGGUUGUGACGAGUACACAGACCAUGCUCGAUAAGCAACUUCUCAGCCAUCUACCUAUCCCACUACUCUCCCUCGCGACGCACCAAUUAGCUGGUCGGGGCCGAGGCUCAAACACCUGGUUAUCUCCUCCAGGCUGCCUUCAAUUCUCCCUAUUACUUCGGCUUCCUCUCACGUCGUUCCCGGCAUCGAAACUCGUAUUCAUCCAAUACUUAUUCGGCCUAGCGGUCAUAGAGGCAUGUCGUAGUCCCAGCGUACUCGGCGCAUUCGGAGAUCGAGUCCGACUGAAGUGGCCAAACGACAUCUAUGCUGUCACUGGUCAUGCAGGACCAAAGAAAAUCGGUGGUAUUCUCGUCAAUACGAGUUUUAUGGGUGGACACGUAGAUAUAGUCAUCGGGUGCGGACUAAACGUCCUUAGCCCAUCACCACUGACUUCCCUCACCCAACUAAUCCCACCAGGCCUUCCCGACUUCACACUAACCAUGGAACGCACUGCGGCCGUAAUAAUGUCCACAUUUGACGAGAUGUGGUCUCGCUUCUCCUCCAGCGCAUCAUUUGAACCAUUCAUGGAUCUCUACCUUGAUAGAUGGCUUCACUCAGACCAAGUCGUCCAGCUAACAACCGUCGACCCGCCCACAACGGUGCGAAUCGUCGGCAUAACUCCUGAUCACGGGCUAUUACGAACGAUACCGACGGAGUCGUCGAAGGGUUAUUAUCGGUCGCACCGUGGGGAGGAGUAUAUUGACUUACAGCCUGAUGGAAAUAGUUUUGACUUGAUGGCAGGGCUUAUCAAAGCGAAGUCGUGA